GGCCACCCAGGGAUCCAGUGCGCCGGGGAGCCAGACCUCUCCCCUGCAAAGGCCUCACUCAGCUCGGGACAGCAGCCUCCGGCCUCACCGCGGACCUGCAGCCGCUCCGGAGAGCCCUGGCCCAUGGCUGGCCUGAACGUGUCCCUCUCCUUCUUCUUCGCCACCUGCGCCCUCUGUGAGACGGCCAGGAGGGCGGCCAAGGCCCUGCUCCCCACGGGUGCCUAUGCCAGCUUCGCCCGGGAAGUGGCUGGCGCGGCCCAGCUGGCCGCCUGCUGCCUGGAGCUGCGCGCGCUGGCAGAGUUCGGGCCCUGGGCCGGGGGCGUGGGGCCCGACCUCCUGCUGACCCUGCUCUUCCUGCUGUUCCUGGUGCAUGAGACCACUUUUGACGGCGCUUCCGCCAACCCCGCCGUGGCUCUACAGGAGUUCCUCCUGGCGGAGGCGACGCUGCCCAGCACCCUGCUGAAGCUGGUGGCCCAGGCACUGGGCGUACAGGUGGCCGGGGCCCUGACCAGGCGCUGCUGGUCCUGGGAGCUCAGCGACCUGCACCUGCUGCAGAGCCUCCUGGCCGCGCACUGCAGCUCUGCGCUGCGCACAUCCGUGGCCCACGGUGUGCUGGUGGAGGGCGCCUGUGCCUUCUUCUUCCACCUGACCCUGCUCCGCCUGCGGUACAGCCCCCCAGUCUACAGGGCCCCGGCUGUGGCUCUGCUGGUCACUGUCGCAGCCUACACAGCUGGACCCUACACGUCCGCCUUCUUCAACCCUGCGCUGGCAGCCUCCGUCACCUUCCAGUGUUUGGGGCACAGCUUCCUGGAGUACGCCCAGGUGUACUGGCUGGGGCCCCUGACAGGGAUGGUCCUGGCUGUCCUGCUCCAUCAGGGCCAUCUUCCCCGCCUUUUCCAGAGAAACCUAUUCUACAGGCAGAAGAGCAAGUACCGGAGCCCCAGAGGGAAGCUGGCUGUGGCCCCUGUGGAUACCCACACGGCCGCAUAGGGGUGCGGUGAGCAGGAACCAGCAGUGCCCAGUGAGCCACCCCUCAAGGGCCGGCUGCUUAUGCGCCCUGGAUCCUCUCACAGCUCAGGGGGAGCCCAGCUCUCUCCCUGGAACACGCAUGUCAAUAAACCACUGCG